ACUAUACAAUCUAUACGACUAUAACUACCUGUAACAAUAUAUAAUUAUACUUAUACUUAUAAUACAUAAUGACAUUAACUAUACAAUGAGACGCGAUACAAAAUCAAGGAAUCUCAGAUUUUAAUUCUAAACAUCAUUACCGCCAUAGAAAAACCAAACUAUACUACCCAGCAAUUGUACAGUAAAGAAACUACGAAAGUACAUAGAACAUCUUGUAAUUCAAUAGUAUUAGAUUAUAAUUAAUGUUAAUUCGCCAUUCAUUUAUAAAGGAAGGAUCGAAUAAUUAAUAAGGGUAUAGUAAAGUAUAGUAUAGUAAAGUAUAGUAAGUAAAGUAAAUCUAUUACCCAAUGGAUCUCACUACUUUAUCUAUACGACUAGACCCUGAUACUAAUCGGAAAGUUAUUAAUGAAGAAUUUCGAAUAAUUAAGAAGAUUGGUCAGGGACAAUUUGGGAAAGUUCUUCAAGGAGAAGUUAUUAAACAUAAUAAUUGUGAUGAGAAAUAUGUCGCCAUUAAAACUAUUAAUAGAAUUGAUAAAACCAGAUUAUUUACUAAAGCAUAUUUAAGUCAAACAACUAAAAUAAAGAGAGAAAUUCAAAUAAUGAAAGAAUGUAAUCAUCCAAAUGUUGUAAAAUUAUAUCAAGUAAUAGAUGAUUUAAAAUUUGAUAAAAUCUUAUUAAUAUUAGAAUAUUGUAAAUUUGGAGAAAUUGAUUGGAAACGAUAUAAUCAUUAUUAUGAAAAAUAUCAAAGUCAUCUGAAUAAUAGGAAACCUUUAACUAUUAAUAAAAUUCUACGAGAUGUAGUUAAUGGAUUAGAAUAUUUACAUAAUUAUAAAAAAAUUAUUCAUCGAGAUUUAAAGCCAUCUAAUUUAUUAAUUAAUAAUGAUAAUACUAUUAAAAUAUCUGAUUUUGGUGUUAGUUUAAUCUUAGAAAAUAAUGCUAAUGAUGAAAAGGAAUUAGGUAAAACUAUGGGGACUCCAGCAUUUUUUGCACCUGAAUUAUGUCAAUUUGUUAGUAAUCGUUAUUCAAUGAUUACAAAUGUUAAUCAUAGUGCUAAUAAGAUUAAAAUUGAUUCAAGAAUUGAUAUAUGGUCAUUAGGUAUAACAUUAUAUUGUUUAAUGUUUAAUGAUUUACCAUUUUCUGGUUGUAAUGAAUAUGAAUUAUUUCAAAAUAUUGUAAAAGAAGAAUUAAAAUUCCCCAGAAUUAUUAAGAAUUCAAAGACAACUCCUCAAGAUAUUGAAGAAUUAAAAUAUUUAAAGAAUUUAAUUAAAAAAUUAUUAAUUAAAGAUCCAAAUCAAAGAAUUAAUAUAAAUGAUAUAAAACAUCACCCUUUUACAACUUUUGAUUUAAGUGAUCUUGAAAAGAGAAAGUUUUUUAAUUUUAAUGAAGCUAUCUUUAAAGAUGCAACUAAAAAGAAACAACUUGCAUAUAAUAAUAAUAAUAAUAAUAAUGAAAAUCAUGAAUCUAUACUUUCAACAAAGAUAAAACAAUUCUUUGGAACUAAAAAACCUGAAACUAUAUCAACAAUUGCUCCUAUAUCUCCAAUAGUUGAAAAUGUUCCAAUUGAACUGUUCAAAAAUUUAGAACCAGUAGAUGAUCUAUUAGAUUCUUAUUUAGAUGAUUCAACAGCUUCAUAUGGAAGUGAUGUAGAAAAUGUUGAUCAAGAUAUUGAUACUUCCAACAUUUUGAAAUCUUUGAAUGAUAGUGAAAGUUUCAUAAAACGACUCGAUAAUCUAGAACUACUGAAAACAUCAUCAAGUAGUAAACAAAAAGUUAAAGUUAUUCCAUUGGAUCUUAAGAAGUCCUCCCAUAUCAAUAAAACUCCAGAGAAUAGCGUGUCAAAUAUAGGUAAAUGGUCAUUCUCAAAUAGUGCUCAAUCGCCAAAAAGAUCUAAUCAUCCACCUGAACCUCUGCCAGUUACACCCACAAAUAAUAGUUUUAUGACAAUUGGAGCAAGUUCUCCAUCUUCAAUUAAAUCUAUAUUUAGUCCUUCUAGAAGAUUCUUUUCUAGAAAUAAAAAGGAUAAGGAAGAAUCUAAAGAAUGUAAACCAACCAUUAAUUCAUUAUCAUCACCAGCUGAAAAGAGAAAUAGUGAUCUGAGUAAUAAACUGAAAUAUACUGAUUUAAUGGAACCACCACCAAUAUUUGGUCUCAAUUCAUCAUCAACUACCAGUAGAAAUAGUACUUCAAGUACUGGAUCAAGAUCAAGCAAUCACAAUAAUGAUCAUAUCUUAUCGCCUAGUGCUCAAUUUACAUCUACAUUUGAUUCUAAUAAGGGCGGAGAUACUUCCCGAAAGAAUUCUAUUAGCUCAUCUCAAUUUGGGUAUAAACUUACUCGAAUAACUAGUUCUUCGUCAUCAUUAAAUUUGAAUGCUUAUUUAACUGAUGAUUCAUAUACGGAAGUAUCAUUUAAAAACCACAAUAGUAUCAAUUCACAAAAGAAGAAACUAAUUAAUACAAAGCUUUCGCAUUCUUCGGAUGUUUCAUCAGACGGUGAAGAUACAAAUAAUGACACAUUUAUAUUAGAAAAUCCAAAUGCUCAAGUUACGACACAUGAUAAGUAUGAGGGAUUAAAUGAUUAUUUAGAUCGACUUCAAUAAUUGUAUGCAUGUAAAUUAAUUAAUAAUAGUAUAAUGAAAAAUAUUUACAUUACAAAUGAUUAUAUGUUUAAAAGGUAAGUUAAUUAGUAAGACAAGGAACGAAAAGGAUACAAAAUAAAAGUUUUUGGAGCAUAUAGCAUUAGACGAUAAGUCAUAUAAGGAUAUACAUAAAUAUAGUAAAUUUUAUAGAUACACGAAUAGAUAGUUAAUUAAACAAUGAAUAAAUUGCAG